UUUGAUUUCUGAACAGCCAUAUUUACAUUGGCUGUGUUUUUAUAGUAAGUAUUUCUGUGCCAUACAACCCUCUGAGCUAUCGGAUUUUCGUACUGACCCGGGAAUCGCUCAAGGUGGACCUUGGGCCGCGGGCGACCGUUUAUCGACGCAGAUAUCUCGCUAUCUGAGCCGCCGCCGUCGCUGCGUCGAGCGGCACAAGAAAGAGCCGCAAGUCCACCUUUUCUCACGGUUUCUGUGGCACCCUGAGAGGAUGGAGUUCGGCUAGGGGGGUUGGGGGGCACCGCGGGAUAGAGGAGCGCAUCGUCUGAAUUGGGACGCCAUGUUGUCCCCCCGAGCGGGGCGGAGGGGGUCCCGUGCACUCCAGCAACCAUGAGGGAGCAGCACCACCACCAUGGCGAAGGGGGGGGCCAUCCGGCAUGGUCCCCCCAGGGUAGCCUGUCGAUGACGCACGCCAAGUGGGUGCUGGAGGCCAUCCGCAAGAUCAAGGCGCAGAAGCAGCGACCCUCCCUGGACCGCAUCUGUCACGUCGUGGCGCUGGCGCACCGCCUCGGGCGCGACCCCGUGGAGCGCGCCCUCGACCAGGCCGUGGCACGGGGCUUUGUGCUCAAGCUGAUGAGCAAGGGCCAGUGCUCCUACAAGGACGCAGAGACCCUGAAGCAGGCACUGAAGAAGAAGGUGGUUGCGGGGCACCACCAGCACCACCACCACCAGCACAGCGCACCGUCGGCAACCACCAACCACAAGACGCGGGCGGCGGCUGUGGCGGCAGCGGCGGCCAUCGGUGCCUCGGGCAGCCACCACCGGCGGCAGGACCUUACUCUGUACGUGAUCGAGGCCGUGCGCAGGCUCGGGGAACGGGAGGGCUCGACCCUGCGCGCCAUCCACAAGUUUGUGCGCCAGACUCUGGGCCUGGAGCCCCCCGGCGUGCGGCUGGCGGUGAAGCGCGCGGUGUCGGCGGGGCGGCUGGUGCGCGUGGGACGCUUGUACCGCCUGCCGGGAGACGACGACGAGAGCGACGAGUCUGACAGCGACUCGGACGAGGACUGCGGGGGACGCCUGGCGACCACCCAGAACGGGGAGGUGGGCGGCAGGGGCAGUCCGAACAAGCGGAGAUCCGUGUUGCACGGGCGAUGUAGCCUGUGCCACGGUACGCCAAGGAACAACAAGAACGGCGUGGCCGAGGAAAUCCUCUGCUGCUACUCCUGCAACUACCUGGGUGAGUUUCCUUCGUAUCGAUGA